ACCCACUUCCGUUUUUGAUCCAUCCUAGGUUGUGUUUGGUUGCGGCUAAACCCUGAAGCUUGUUUCACAGAGAGAGACACAGAGAGAGGAUCCAUGGAAGAAUCAGCAAUAACGCAACGCCAAACUACCCAUGUUAAGAAGAAGGCUUUAAGGAACAAAUCUUUGGGUAUUUCUUUCGACGAGAAAGAUCUCAAAGACUACGUUACUGGCUUUCACAAACGCAAGAAGAAGAGAAGAAAGGAAGCCAAUAAGCAACAAGAAGAAGCUCGAAGGAGAAAACGCAACGAGUGUCGCUUAAAGAGGAAGUUGGAGAGAGAUCUUACUUAUGGAAUUGUUCCACCGAAUGCUGAUGCUGAAACUGGUGAAGUUGAUCAGAACCAAGAUGAGGUUACUGAACAAGUUGAAUCUCAAUCUGUUGCUGCAACAAAGACAUAUGAAAACGAUGAUUUGAAAGUCACUGUCGUAACAAAAGAGAUCAACCCUGAAGAAGAAAGUUUCCCUACCGAAAGGAAGGAGGCAGCGCCGGCAUUGUCUGCCCAUCCUGUUGUAGCUGAUAAAAAGAAAUCGAAAUCAGUACCCGUAAUUAACAAGAAGCCAUUUAAAAAGGUUGCAAAACACAAGUCACGGACAAAGCAAAUUUGUAAGAGAGAUAAACGGAAAGGAAAGAAGCCGGGAAGGAAGUGAUGGUACAUUGGUAUCUUGCAUUUUCUGAACAUUCACAAAUCUGCCAUGAACUCUAUUAUUGUGGAAGUACUUAUCGAGUUCUGUAACUCAGCUACUAACAUAUUGCAGAAUUUGGGCUAUUUUCAAUGAUGAAUAUAGGUUACCUGGUUCCUUAUGUAGAUGACAGGUUUUUCUUCUAAUGGAGUCUCGCCGUCUUCCCUUGUUAAGUCGAUCUUGUGGCGAGAUUUCAAAAUUAAGAAGAAACAGUUAUUUUUGGAUUUUUUUAAUUAAUCGGUAAUUAUACCGUGUUGUAUACAUUUAUUACAUGCAGAUGUUUGGUAUUCUAGUUUAACAUCAUUUUUGUUCAUUUUAAAAUUUCAGUUUCUGUCAAA